AUGAAUAAAGACAUUGGAUAUGUUGGGAAAUGUAGUUUUUGGAAUUGUAAAAGUUUAAUAAAUAUCAGAAGUUCAGGGAAAAUACAUAUUUAUCAAAGCAUUCCAUAUUGGGUUUGGAUGAUAUUAAAAGAAGAAAAUAACGAAGUUGAAGAAAUUGAAUAUACAAUUGAAGAUAGAGAAAAGUAUGGAUAUGAAAUACCAACAGAAGUCAAACGAAUAGGAAAUGGAUGUUUUGAAGGAAGUCAAAUUAAAGAAAUUACUAUUCCUUCAAAUGUAAGAGAUAUUGGAAAUGAUUGUUUUGGUUAUUGUACAAAUUUAACAAAGAUUGAAAUACAUGAAGGAAUUAAAGAAAUUCCAAAAGGAUUUAUGAAAUAUUGUGGACAAAUACAAAGAAUUGAACUUCCACAAAGUAUAACUAAAAUAAACACAGAAAGUUUUAAAGAAUGUAUAAAAUUAAAAGAAAUUAACAUUAAUCCAAAUACAAUAAUAAUUGAAAAAGGAGCAUUUGAAAAUUGUCCAAAUAUUAAUUAUGAAUAA